GCGUUCCCAACUGCCAGGGCCGGCCACGCGCACCCAAAAGGGGAGCGGAGUCGAGGCUCCCACCCCCCAACCCCCACGCGCAAGGAGGCGCCGCCACACUGGCAGCCAAAGCAAAGUGGCUGAGCGGGCACGUGGCAGGGAGCCACCCCUCCCUCCUAGACUCCCUCCCGCCGGCGGUGAGGACGGAACCCGCCGGUAUACCCUGCAGUCUGGCCUGACCUCCUCCUCCUCCUCCUUCCCCCAUCGCGAGAACUCCGGCAGCGACUGGAGGGGGCACGACCAUCUGCAUGGAUAGGUAGGGGAGGAAAGGUAAGAAGACUUUCGAAGAGACAAACUUUUUAUUCUGCAUCACUAACCAGAAAUUUCGGGACGCUUUCAAUUUUAGGGCGAAAUAAAAGCCUUUAUCUCUUGGGAAAAUCUGCGUGAAGGGGAAGAAAUUCCAAUCAGUCUUUGGCAGCGUCCUCACACUUCUCCCCCCCGGCCAUUUUCUACAUAAUGGUUCUCUCCGAGGGCGGCUGAUUCCAGAAAGUGCUGCCUGGCAUGAAAUUAGUCUCAAUCAAAAAAAAAAAAUCACAAAGAGUCAACUGCGCCUGCGCGAAGCGCUGAAACUGCGUCUGUCGCGAGAGUGAGCAGUGGUUUCCCUCCCACCUAGUUUGUCUCUGCUGGUUGCUGGGAGGGAUCCUUUCUAGGUGGACCAUGUCUUCCAUGGGUACUCUGGCAUUCGACGAAUAUGGCCGUCCAUUCCUCAUCAUCAAGGACCAAGAGCGCAAGUCUCGCCUUAUGGGACUGGAGGCCCUCAAGUCUCACAUAAUGGCAGCAAAAGCUGUAUCAAAUACAAUGAGAACAUCACUUGGACCUAAUGGGCUUGAUAAAAUGAUGGUGGAUAAGGAUGGUGAUGUGACUGUAACCAAUGAUGGUGCCACCAUUUUAAGCAUGAUGGAUGUAGAUCAUCAGAUUGCUAAACUGAUGGUUGAACUUUCCAAAUCACAGGAUGAUGAGAUUGGAGAUGGGACUACAGGAGUAGUUGUUCUGGCUGGUGCUUUGUUAGAAGAAGCUGAACAACUGCUGGAUCGUGGUAUUCAUCCAAUCAGAAUAGCAGAUGGUUAUGAGCAGGCUGCUCGAAUUGCCAUCGAACAUUUGGACAAAAUCAGCGAUAGUUUUCCAGUUGAUGUUAACAAUACCGAACCUCUCAUCCAGACUGCAAAAACAACUCUUGGCUCUAAAGUAGUUAACAGCUGCCACCAACAAAUGGCUGAAAUUGCUGUAAAUGCUGUCCUGACAGUAGCUGAUUUGGAACGGAGAGAUGUUGACUUUGAGCUAAUCAAAGUAGAAGGCAAAGUAGGAGGAAGACUUGAAGACACUCAGCUUAUUAAGGGAGUAAUUGUGGAUAAGGAUUUUAGUCAUCCACAAAUGCCUAAAGAAGUGAAAAAUGCUAAGAUUGCAAUUCUUACAUGUCCAUUUGAGCCACCCAAGCCAAAAACUAAACAUAAGCUUGACGUUACAUCUGUAGAAGAUUACAAAGCCCUGCAGAAGUAUGAAAAGGAGAAGUUUGAAGAAAUGAUUGAACAAAUUAAACUCACUGGUGCAAACCUAGCUAUUUGCCAGUGGGGUUUUGACGAUGAAGCAAAUCAUUUACUCCUUCAGAAUAAGUUGCCUGCUGUCCGUUGGGUAGGGGGACCAGAAAUUGAACUCAUUGCUAUUGCAACAGGAGGGCGCAUAGUUCCACGGUUCUCUGAACUCACACCUGAGAAACUUGGUUUUGCCGGUCUGGUAAAAGAGAUCUCAUUUGGAACCACCAAAGACAAAAUGCUUGUUAUAGAGAAAUGUAAGAACUCCAGGGCUGUGACCAUAUUCAUUAGAGGAGGAAAUAAAAUGAUAAUUGAAGAAGCAAAACGGUCUCUUCAUGAUGCCCUGUGUGUGAUCAGAAACCUAGUACGUGAUAAUCGUGUGGUGUAUGGAGGUGGUGCAGCUGAAAUAUCUUGUGCUUUGGCAGUUAGUGAAGAAGCUGAUAAGUGUCCUUCCUUGGAGCAGUAUGCUAUGAGAGCUUUUGCAGAUGCAUUAGAAGUCAUUCCCAUGGCCCUCUCUGAAAAUAGUGGUAUGAAUCCCAUUCAAACUAUGACCGAUGUACGAGCCAGACAAGUGAAAGAAAUGAAUCCUGCCCUUGGUAUUGACUGCUUGCAUAAGGGUACAAAUGAUAUGAGACAACAACAUGUCAUAGAAACUUUGAUUGGCAAAAAACAACAGAUUUCACUUGCAACACAAAUGGUCAGGAUGAUUCUGAAGAUUGAUGAUAUCCGCAAACCAGGAGAAUCUGAAGAAUGAAAACUUAAGUUGGAAUAAAAUGUAGUAAAGCUACUACUGUGAUCAAAUAAACAAGGGUCAUGUGUUGCAGCCACAGCUAUUUAUUAUUUUUUCCCUUUUUUGAACAUUGUAAUUGCUAUAUGCUAAAGAAAAUAAUAAUAAAUUAGCUGUUUAGUAACCAUAGCUUGUUUCAAAAACUGUAUUUGUUGAGAGAUUGACACACAGGUUUUUCUAUUUGUUAUAUUAAAGUGAUCUCUAAAUUAGAUCUUUAUCUGUUUCUUGUCAAGUUUUAAGAAUAGUUUGAUAUUUGUAGCAGCAUUUAAAUGAGACUUCAUUUGUGAAAGUGAAAAGUGGAAGACAGAAAAGUGAAAUAUAUUUUACUAGUCAUUGAAUUGUGGAAGACGUUCUGGUCCUGAGUUUACUUGUCAUUCUCAUUAGAGAAAACUGUGAACCUAGCAUCAUGCAGAGAAAUGGCCCUAGAGUGGGGCUACUGUAAAUGGGGGUACUAAAUAAAUGGGCAUAGAUUAUAGAUUGUUCUAAUUCCACCAUACUAUUUAAAAAAAAACAAUUUAAAACGAUAUUCAUUUGGUUGAUAACUUACUGCAGUGGUUUUCACACCUUUUUUGGUUAAAGCACAGUAUUUGCUAACAAAGAAGCCUUUCCAGUCAGGCCUCUAGACUCCAGACUUGGGAUUCCUCUACCUGUAUUUCCCCUUCCCCUCCUUUCUUUGACUUCCCCAGCACUCACAGUGGAGGAAGUAAAAGUACAUCUAUAGAUAUCUAUUAGGACCUUGCAAAUACUAAACUCUGAAGGGCAGGCAGCAAACCAACGCUCAGGAAAUAGCUUCAGGUUUGGGGGCAUACCUAGCAAACCUUAGAGUGCUCCAUUGAGGAUCCAAAAGCAUACUCAAAAGAGCAUUGGGCAGGGGAUUCACAAAGAUUAUCAUCUCCAACUGAUAACACACAUACUCGAUUUAAAUUUAUAUAUCUAUAAAAUGUGAAUGCUUUCAUAUACCCUGCCUAAUUCAUGUGUAUGUUAUUAAAAUUAAAUUACAUGGUGGAUAUGAAAGGGUUUUGAGAAUAAGUGUAUAACAAUGAGCACUAAGAGUAGGCAAAGUUGUGUAACAAGCCCUAGAUCAAAAAUGACUAGCCCCCAAAGUCUCAGCCUUCAUUAAAUAUGCAAAAGUAACAUUUGGUUUCAAAAUUAUAUUUAUUUUAGUCUCAUGUUCUGGAUAUGUUUGGGUUUUUUUUGUUUUUGACAGAUGGCUGUUUGUAACAAUCAAAAGGCAUGGUCCUGAAUGAUUAUCAUAAUAAACUUAAUUUUCAUCAAGA